UACUAAAGUAUCAUUUUGUACAAAUCCGAAACACAAGGGAAGACAAAACAUUCCGGCGGUGGUAAAAGUUAUUUCGAUAACAAUUUGAAUGAGUAUUAAAGAGGACAGUUUAAUUACCGCGGAAUAGUCAUUGUCACAAAUCACAAAAUCACAAAUCACAAAUCACUGCGGCUUGAAAGCGAUCGAGACGCGUGCGUGUGCGUGUGUGUGUGUCCACCGUGAAAGUUGCGCGGAGCUCGGAGAAGCGAUUUCGCCGGCGAUUUCUACCGGAGAUCUUCAAAAUUCUGCUCGUUCCUCUUCUCUCGUGCGUGCAGUGUGGUUUGCUUUAGAUGAGAUGAAGAAAGAGGAGAAGAAUGGUUCAACGGGGAGGACUAUUUGCACUAGGUUUGUAGCUGUAGCUUCUUCUGCCUCAGCGGAGAAAGAUAAUUCUGGUUUGAGUUUGAGGAGGUCAGCCCGGGGAACAUCGUCUACUACUUCUACGAAGAAGCUAGCAACACCAACUUCUAGUACCAGCAAGUCAGAGAAACGGAAUCCUUCACCCGUUUCUGUUUCAAAAAAGUCUGGUAAAAUGGAGAAGAAACACAAAGCAAGUCCUUUGAGAAGGUCUAAUAAGGGGAAAAAGCCUGGCAGGAAUGCUGACACUUCAUCAACGGAAAUUAAGGAGAGCGAGGACAGCGUAGAGGAUUUGACAGGGGUGGUGAAGAAAUAUGAGCCUAAAAUGACUGGCCGGAGUUUCAGGGCGUUGUAUAGAGGGCAUCUCAAGAAUGAAGCUAAGGCUUCUUCGAAUGAUGAAGAGUUAGUAGUGGUUGGUUGUUCUCGCCGAGUUCCUGCAGGAAAUGAUGAUGCUAGAGACGAUAGCAGUUCCCCACGUGUGAAUUUAGAAUCUAAAGGGGUCCGAGUUGGCGAAACUAGUACACACAAGGGCCCUGAUUUUGCUGUGAAACUAGCUAGGGAUACAGAGAAUAUGGUGCUUGAUUCAUCCCCCGUGGUUGGGGAUGACAGUGUUAUAGGUUCACCAUCUGAGAAUCCAGAAACCCAGAAGCUUCGUGUCAGUGCAACUAGAUUAGAAACCAACACAGAUUUGCCUCUGAAAAGAAAAAGGGACACUGUAGGAGUGGUGAUGGAUGCAUGUGCAAAUACAGAUGACCGCACUAUGAGUACUGAUGGGGUUAUUCCAUCUCCAUCCGGAAGCACAAACAACAAUCAACCUGAAAGUCGUGACACAUGUCAAACAGGGAAAAAGGUCAGCGAUGAGUUUGCAAAUCUCCGUGUUUCCUCCAGCAUUGCUCAGCCAGUUCAAGAACCUGAUAACUUGGCACAGGUAUCUGGACCCGCUUCAAGCAGAGACUAUGGGGAGGACAGGCAGAAUAUGCAACAAGAUAAAUCACAUGACCGAAAGUUGUCAUCGAUGUAUCCAGAGUAUUGGGUUCCAGUGCAGCUAUCAGAUGUACAGAUAGAGCAAUACUGUCGGACUCUCUUCUCCAAAUCUUCAUCUCUUUCUUCGCUGUCGAGGACUGAUCCUGUUCGAGCUCUUGAACAAACUCUCAGUUCUGUAAGAAAAAUUUGUAACCACCCAUAUAUUAUGGAUGCGUCUUUCAAACAACUGCUCACCAAGAAUCUGGAGGUUCAUAAAAUCGAGGAUGUCGAAAUCAAAGCAAGCGGGAAGCUUCAUCUGCUUGAUGCAAUGCUUACUCAGAUAAAAUCAAAGGGUUUCAAAGCAGUUAUCUUCUACCAGGCAACACAAAGCGGUGAGGGGCUUAUGCUUGCUAAUAUUCUCGACGAUUUCGUGAGCCAAAGAUUUGGUCAGAACUCGUAUGAGCAUGGGGACUCUCACUCAAAGAAGAACGCUAUUAACAAUUUCAACAAGGAGAGUGAAUGUUUUAUCCUGCUUCUGGAAACACGUGCCUGCAGUCAAAGCAUUAAACUCCUGCGUGCUGAGGCUUUGAUUCUUUUUGGAAGUAGCUGGAAUUCAUCGCAUGAUGUUAAGCUCUUGGAGAAGAUCAAGAUUGAGUCAUAUUCUGAAAAAACUAAAAUAUUCCGGUUGUACUCAACAUGUACAGUUGAAGAAAAAGCCCUGAUUCUGGCUAGGCAAAAGAAGUCUCUGGAUAACCUAAACCGUCCUCUGACACAUGCACUGCUCAUGUGGGGGGCUUCAUGUUUAUUUGAUAAGCUGGAUCACUUCCACGGCAGUCAAACCCCAGAUUCAGGAGUUCCAUUAGAACAGUCUAUUAGGGGCGACGUGAUUCGUGAAUUCUCGUCCAUUCUCUCUUCCAGUGUUGGAGAAGGAAAUGUAGGCAAGCUGUGCCUACUGUUAGAAGCCAAGCAUGCCCAGGGAACUUACAGCACUGAGUCUACUCUGUUUGGUGAAAAAUAUGUCGAGCUGUCAGAUGAAGUUAGUCCAAAUAUAUUUUGGACAAAGCUGUUGGGUGGAAAGAACCCUGUGUGGACAUACUAUUCAGAUACUUCUCAAAGGAGUCGAAAAAGAGUACGACAUCUUCAGGGCUCUGAAGAGACUGCCAAACUUGACGAUGGCAAAAAUACAAAGAAGAAAAAGAAGGCUUCAGAUGAUGUCGCAGUUGUUUACCAUGAAAGAAAAGCCUCUGGGAAGGAUCACAUAGGGGAUUUGGAGUCACCAAAAGUCACAACGCUCCUGUCAUCUGGAUCUGCUUCUGGUACUAACGAUGCAUUAGAUGGAAAAGAUGCUAUUGGCUUGUAUUCUGUGGGCGGUCAUAUAUCUGGAAUCCCAGAGGAUAUGUUAGCUGCCAUUGAUUGUAGACAAACUCCCGGCGAAUCACAGAAGACUCUCCAUACUGUUUUAAAGCCGCAGAUGUCAAAACUUUGCCAGAUUUUGCAUCUUUCAGAAAAUUUGGCACGCAUGGUUGAAAAAGUUCUUGAAUAUAUUAUUGACAACCACCGUGUCUGCAAAGAGCCAGCUACAACAUUGCAGGCCUUCCAGAUAGCUGUGAUUUGGAUUGCAGUCUCUUUCGUUAAGCAAAAGUUCAACCGUGAAGAAUCUCUGGCCCGCGCAAAAUCGGAAUUAGGUUUCAAUUGCUCUAGAGAAGAGGUGGAUUAUGUAUAUUCUUUUCUGUACUGCAUGAAGAGUCUAUUCGUGGGGCGCACACAAGGUUUCCAAGAAAAGGGUGAAGAAUGCAUGUCUGAGAAAAGAGGUAGCCAUUAUAGCUCAGUAACCAAGGAUGUUGAAAAGACUAUUAGCGACAUCAAAAAGAAAUGCAGUAAGAGCCUGCAUAAGCUUGUACAAACCCUCGAGGAAGAAAAGAUGGACCUGAUGAAUAGGAAUGCUGUCAAGAAGCAGGAACUUCAGAAUUGUAAAAAGGUGGAAGCAUCAUUUAUUCGUGUCACCUAUUCAGGUAUAAAUACUCAGAGCUUACAUGAUGCUCUCCAACGGCUGGAAUGUACUUUUGAAAGAAAGUUUGAUGAUCUCAAAGGAGAGUUGGAUGAAUGCCUUGAAAGUUUAGAGCAAAUAAACGAGGCUGGAAAGAAGAAGUUGGCUGAAGAUGAAGCCUGUUGGAUUAGUCGGAUAGAGAAAUGGGCACGAGCUGAAUUAAGAAAUGGUGCUCCCAAUCAAGCAUGGUCCAAUGCGGACAACAGUUUGGACCAGCAGAAUGAAGAAGCUUGUUCUCUUGACAAGGAGAUUCCUGACGAGUUAGCUUUGCCUCUGCCAAACCCUGCGUCUUUGGUAAAGACUAGAGGCUCUGCUGAAUCUGAUCAGGUGGAUCACGAGAAACCUGAUUCAGCAGAAAACAUUCAGGGGAAAAAGACUGAAACAGCAGUUGAGCCUCAGCCGGCUGGAUCUCGUAUGCCUUCUUCACCGGGCGAAAAGCAACAUGACCUAGCAGCAAACGUUCAGGGCCAAAACAUUGAAUCAGCAAUUGAGGCUCAGCCAGUUGAAUCUUCUAUGCCUUCUUCACUGGCUGGACAGCAAUCUGACCCGGCAGUAAACAUACAGAGCAAAAAUAUUGAAACAUCAAUUGACCCUCGGCCAGCUGAAUCUUCCAUGCCUUCUUCACCGGCUGGACAGCAAUCUGACCCAGCAGUAAACAUUCAGGAAAAAGAUAAUGAAGCGGUAAUGGAGCUUCAGCCAGCUGAAUCUACUGUGCCUUCUUCACUGGCUGGACAGCAAACUGACCCAGCAGUAAACAUUGAAACCGUAAUUGAGCCUCAGCCAGCUGAAUCUUCCAUGCCUUCUUCACCAGCUGGACAGAUUCAGGGAAAAGAUAUUGAAGCGAGAAUGGAGCUUCAGCCAGCUGAAUCUCCUGUGCCUUCUUCACCGGCUGGACAGCAAUCUGACCCAGCAGUAAACGUUGAAACCGUAAUUGAGCCUCAGCCAGCUGAAUCUUCUAUGCCUUCUUCACCGGGAGGAAAGCAACCUGACCCAGCAGAAAAUAUUCAGGGCAAAAAUAUUGAAGAAACAGUCGAGUCUAAGCCAGCUGGAUCAGAAACAUUAGAGACUGGUGGUUUUGCUGCAUCAGAGCAGGUUGAUCAAGUUGCAUGUCCUUCGCCAUCUUCGCCGGCUGGAAAUCAACCUGAUUCAGGCGCAAAUAUUGAGAGCCAAAGUAUCAGCACAUCAGCUGAGCCCCACAUCGCUGGUCCAGGCGCAGUAUUACAUCAGGAUGCAUGCUCUCUGCCAUCUCCAUCGGUUGGAACUCAGGCUGAUAUAGCAGCAAACACUGAGGGCCAAAAUACUACAACAGUGUCAAAUGCAGUAGAAACUGAUAACGUUGCACCCCUUGUCCAUGAAGGUGUUGUGGAGUCGUCAGCAGGUGUAAUAGCUCCUGUUCCAUCACUUCUUAACAAUGCUACGGCUACUACAGUUCAACCUGUUCCCCAAAUACCUUUCCCUGUGUUCAGUGACCCAUUUCAGCAUGAACUGGAGAAGCUGCGAAGACAAUCAGAGAUCACAAAGAAGACCUGUGAAGAAAUGAAAGCAGUCUUGAAAGCUAAAUUCGAGAAGAAGAUAGCUGAAUUACAAGAAGAGUAUCAGAGAAAGUUUCAUGAGGUACAAGCUGUACAUGCAGCCAGAAAGACGAAGUUACAGACGAGGAAGAAUCUUGUUAUAAAGAACAAGCUGUUGUCGAGUGCGUUCUUGUCUAAAUGUACGAGCAGAAUCUCCUCUCAUUCCUCAGCAGCAACUCCAAUGGUUAGAAUCCAGCAGCUAGCACAGAGAGCAACACAAGUAAGCGCACUGAGGAAUCAUACUGCUUCGGCUCCGUACUGCACAAUGCCUCAACCAAGACAACCUCUCACCUCCAACCCUUUACCAUAUUCAAAUGCGUUUAUUCAGCAGCAAGAACAACCACAGAACUUGGGGAGUGGAUUGCAGAGGAGCAAUGAUGUGGUCUGUCUCUCUGAUGACGAGUGAUCUAAUCUUCUUAUGUUUAGCGUUUAAUAGUUUGGUCUAGAGUUGUAUAAAAAAAGUUAAGUUACCUAUAAAUACUAAAUUAGUCGGUUAAUUGAUGAUUGGGGCCAUCAUCAAAACUUCUUCUUACCCUGUCUCUGGAAAUGAAGCUUAUCGAACGGGUGUGAGGGUUGAUAGAGAUACAGUCUCCCUCCUUUAGUUUUAAAGCUCUAAUCAGAUGUCUCUAUACGUUUCUAGCUUUUAUAAAUAUAUUUUCUUA